AUGGAUCACCAAACGGACUUACAUUUCGACUACGAGUUGAACCCCGAACCUCAGUUCAUGAGGGUACGGUCAAACACAUGGCCGCAGAAACCUUCAAGAGAACCGGAGCCUCAAAACAGUCCGAUAGUUGGAGAGGAGGCUUCAAACGGAGCUGAUCAUCAAACCACUAAAGACCCGCUGGGUUUAACAGCGAAGAAGAGCGGAUCUCGAAGAAAUGCGUGGGGUAAUCUGUCUUACGCAGACCUCAUUACUAAAGCAAUUCAUAGUUCGCCCGAAAAGCGGUUAACUUUAUCGCAGAUUUAUGACUGGAUGGUGCAGAAUGUUCCAUACUUCAAAGAUAAGGGAGAUAGCACCAGUUCUGCCGGAUGGAAGAAUUCAAUUCGACAUAAUCUUUCCCUGCACAGCCGUUUCAUGCGUAUUCAAAACGAGGGCACAGGGAAGAGCUCUUGGUGGGUACUGAAUCCUGACGCUAAGCCAGGAAAAACUCCCAGGAGACGCGCAGGAAGUAUGGAGCAAACAAAGUGUUACGAAAAGAAACGCGGCAGAAUUAGGAAGAAGUUAGAAGGUCUCCGGGCCAAUUUAGAAAAUGGAAUUUUAUCACCAAAUGGUUGUGAUGACUUUCUGGAUGGCCUAGGUUAUGUUGGUAACUUCAGAGAAAGAACUGGCUCUAGUACAAGCAACUGUAGUCGGCUGUCCCCGAUCAGCGCUAUGGCUGAAGCUGACCUCAGCAGUAAUGUCGGUCAGUCCAUAUCGUCAAACCAUUGGUCAUCAGAGGUCAGCAACUCUCCAACCAUGUACCCUGAAAAUGUGUAUUCGGUAGUGCCCCUUUUGGGAGGGAUGAAUCUGUCCAACCACAACAACUUUACAAUGGAUAUAGCCAACAGUAUGAAUGGUACAUAUCUUUCUGACAGCUCAAGUGACUACAGCCAGUCAUCUCCAGGUGUAGACAGUCAGUACCCACAGCUUCCUACCCCAUCACCUUAUAUAAGCCAACAGCAGCAGCAGCAACAGAUGAAUGCCAUGGAGUUUCACCCACAAAACAUCAACAACACACAGAGCUUUAACAAUGCACCGCAACUGCACGUUAGGCCAAAUCCUGUCAAUAAUGGUCCAGCUUCUUUCUCACCAGCCGAACUGUACAAUGAAAACUACAGUGAUUCAGUUUUGGGCAUGAAACCAGAUGCAUUAUCUCCAGUUCACAUGUCCUCACCGGGCAGCCUAACUGUAAACACCCAUCUCAACUCACCAGAACAAGGAAGCCCGAAUUCAGGCCCGUUUACUCACCACAGCCCACACCAGGGGCUACAGCCACAGACAGGGCAUGCUAGUGGGCUCACCCAACAUGCUUGUCAGUUGUCUCCUCAGCAGAAUGGACACCUCAGACAACAGCAUCCCAGCUCAGCCAUGUCUCUGCAGCAGCAGCAGGCUCUGCACCAGGCUGCUUGUGACUCAAUUCUACGUGAUGCCCUCACACGAGGAGCUGCAGGCUUCAGACCUCCCACAGCUACUAAUGGGUCAUCCCCUGCUUUAACUCUACCCCAUCAAGGUUCAGGAAACAUGAACAACAUCCCGUGCAGUGGGUUUGCUCUGAACUCGAACCAAUUUACAUAUUUUCAAGCUUUGAACGCAGGACAUUUUCAUGGAAAGAAUACAAACUGUACACAUAAUCAUGCAGUAUCAUUUCAUGGUGUUGGAGGUGUAGGCAGCAGCACCAUGGGACUUCCGGUGGAUAUUGACAUGGAACUUAUGAGUAUGUCUGCUAUGGAUUAUGACAUGGAGCAAGUCAUAAAAAAUGAGAUCAUGUUCGAAGGAAAAUUGGACUUUACUUUUGACUCAGGAGCGGCAGCUGUAGGUCAGAAUGUGGUUCACUGA